AUGAACAAAACCACGAUCCCGGCCGCGCAGCGGGCCAACCUGCCCGUGACGACACGCGCGGCACGCCGCGCUGUGCGCGCACACACCGCGUCGAUCCCAACGGCUGUGGAGCAGGCGGAGGGCACGAAGGCACCGCACUCGGGCCUCAAGCACCUGUCUGAGGAUGCCAAGCAGCGCGCCGUGGCCGCGACCAAGAACAAGUUUGAAAAGGUCAAGGUGGAGAAGUGCGGCUCGAACCUCUGGACCGAGGUCCAUGAGCUGGCGGCCAAGCUCAGGGAGGGCACCUCCACCUGGGAGGACCUGAACCUGGAUGAUGUGGACAUCCGCCUCAAGUUUGCCGGCAUGUUCCACCGCGGCAAGCGCACGCCGAAGCGCUUCAUGAUGCGCCUCAAGCUGCCCAACGGCGAGGUGACCUCCGACCAGCUGCGCUACCUGGCCUCUGUGCUGGAGCCCUACGGCGAGGACGGCUGCGGCGACAUCACCACGCGCGCCAACCUGCAGCUGCGCGGUGUCAAGCUGGAGGAUGCCGACAGGAUUGUGGCCGGCCUCAUCGAGAGGGGCAUGAGCAGCUUCCAGGCUGGCAUGGACAGCGUGCGCAAUCUGACCGGCUCCCCCAUCGCGGGCAUCGACCCCCACGAGCUGUUCGAUGUCAGGCCGAUGCUGCGCCAGAUGAACUCGGUGCUGUUCAACGAUGGCCGCGGCAACGAGGAGUUCGCCAACAUGCCCCGCAAGAUCAACGUCUGCGUCUCGCCCAGCCGCGACGACUUCCCACACACACAGAUCAACGACCUGGGCUUUGAGGCCGUGGUCGACCCCGCCACGGGCGGCCUGCUGUUCAACGUCGUGGUGGGGGGCUACUUCUCCCUCAAGCGCAACAUGAUGAGCCUGCCCCUGGGGGUGGCUGUCAGCGAGGACCAGGUCGUCGACUUCACAGUGGCGGUGCUGCGCGUGUUCAGGGACUACGGCCCCCGUGCCGACCGCCAGAAGACGCGGCUGAUCUGGUGCAUCGAGGAGCUGGGCUUUGAGGGCUUCAUAGCCAAGGUGGCUGAGUUCAUGGGUGUGGAGGGCUUCAGGCCGGCGGUGCACGUGGCCCACGAUGAGCCCUGGGAGAGGCGCGACCUGCUGGGGGUGCACCCCCAGAAGCAGCCCGGCCUCUUCUGGGUGGGCGCCAGCAUCCCCUCGGGCCGCCUGCAGACGCAGGACUUCAACGAGCUCGCGCGCAUUGCAGAGCGCUACGGCGACGGCACGGUGAGAGCGACCCCGGCCAGGAUGGCCACUGCCAGCACUCACGCCUGCCCGCUGCCUGCUUGCGUGCACACUUAG